UAGUUCGGGUGUUGGCGUCGUCACGCCGCGUCGGUUUCGCGGGAAAAAUAUCGCACGCACACGCGGACCACCCACCCCAUAUAUCCGGACGUCGAAAAAAAACCGAAACCCCCCAAAACGUUUCCGGAAAACCGGGCACCCACCCACGCGGGCAGACCUCGCGACCGGCAUCGUUUUUGGGUCCGUUCGGCGGUUUUUUGUUUCUGUUUUCGUACGUUAUUUUCAUUUGAAAUUGAUUUGAUUUCGUUCUCACACCGUCUCACGUGCCGCCACCGACGUGAUAACGCAGAGUGUAUUGCUCCAUCGUCCGGACACGACACGAUACGAUAAGGUAAUAUCGCAUGAAAACGAUCGUUCUCGUAUUAUGUAAAAGCGCAUAUAUAACUAAUGUGGUGAGCCCGAGUACCUAAUGUACCGACGCACUUAUGCCAUCUGUGGUUGUUCGCUUCAAUGGUUCAAAAAAGUGUGUUCAUUCACCGUCUUCCGCUUACGCAUUUCUGUGACGUUAGUAUGCGAGUAAAAUCUAAAGCAGGGAUCCUCGGAAAGGCACAGAACUUUUGUACUUCCUAUUAACGUACAUUUUUCAACGGCAUAAUAUUAUAAUAUAAGAACCAUGUGACAAAAAGAUACAGAGUCUCACGCUGCACUGUUUACUCACAUCUGUCAAAUGAUUAAUUUGCAAUGGAUUUGGUGAGACGAAUGGAUAGAUUGACCCGAACCAACGUCAUUGACGAUUGAAAUUACAAUCGUAUUUAUGGGUGAUCAGACGUGGGUGGAGAGCAGCGAGAAGCGUGGACGGACCAUGUCCUCCGAGACGGCGCCGAACUGCAGUUACGGGAGCAGCGAGGAGACCGCAUCGCUGCUGGUCAAGAGCCCGCCGCCGGUCGUCCGGUCCUCGUCGGUGGCGGCCGCGACCUCUUCCUCGGCCGCCACAGCCGCAGCUUCCGGCACUUCCACAUCGUCCGGGAAGCCCGUGCUGACCCGACAGGACUGCACCACGUCGCUGAUCCCGCACCACUACCGUGACCUGCGGAACGCCACGCCGACGCUCGGCAGUAGCGACGACAGCGGGCCGCCCAACGACGGCGGCGCGGCGGCGAGGUCGGUGCCUGACAUCGAGCUGCACUGCCGGUACUUGGCGGUGUCCCGGUGCCAGUGCCUGCGACGCAAAAGCCACUGCAUUUCACGGUCGGUGUCCCGCGAGAGCGUCCGUGGUGGUUGCGGCUCGGUAGGCGGCGGCGUCGGCGGGGCGGGCGGCAGCGGUGUCGGCGGAAUGGCCGGCGCCGCCGGUUGCUCGGCGGUCGGUUACGGGUACGGUUACGGCGUCGGCGGUUGCGGCUCGAUCGGCGGCGGCGGCGUCGGAUCCGCAUACGGACUGUCACCGCCGCCGCCCGUCCUGCUCACCACGUCGCCCAGCUCACGGAUCAUCAGGCAGAGCUCGCAGCCCGAGGCCACCGGCAACGCGUCAAUGUGCUCUGGCCACUGUUGCCACAACAUUCACCAUCAGCCCAGCUCGUCGCUGCGACAGCUCCGCGACCCGGCCGACAAUAUAGCCAUGAUCGCGGCCGACUCCCUGCGGAUAAAUGGCGCGAUCAGACAAUUCCGACAGGCGGGAAUCCUGCUCUCAGCUCAGACGUUGGCGGCUCAGGGGACUCAGGCGCGUCGGGCACGACUCAGACGUGCAUUGACAGAAGCUGCGAAUUCAGACACAGUUCCAAUCAUCAAAACGCUGCGAAAGCACACGUCAUCGACAUUGUCGAUCACUAGUGGGAUGAAGGUUAGCGGUUCAGGUGGCCGAGGCGAUAGCGGCGUAGUGGGCGAGGAAGCCGGCAUAGCAUUGGUUAGCAUACAUUCCGACUAUCCCCGCUACACCGAAGAACGUACCGGGUUGGUGUGCAAGGGUACCAGCUUAGUAGGUUCCAGUGGUAAUAUAACCGGCAGUAAACACAAACCAAACGUCGGAUACAGACUGGGUAGGCGUAAAGCACUUUUCGAAAAACGAAAAAGAAUCAGUGAUUACGCUCUAGUGAUGGGAAUGUUUGGAAUUAUAAUCAUGGUCAUCGAGAAUGAGUUGGCCAGUGCAGGAGUAUACUCGAAAACGUCAUUCUAUUCUACGUCACUGAAAACGCUCAUAUCCGUAUCCACCAUCAUUCUGCUGGGUUUGAUCAUGGCCUACCACGCGCUCGAAGUACAGGUAAGCUUAAAAACCUUUGUAUAUUAUGUGCUAUGAAAAAUUGUGCAAGCAACCUUCAAAGUUUCAACUGUGUCAACAAAAGAAAAAAAUAAUAUACGUCACUCUAACUAACAUUUAAAAUACAAUAUCGAGUAACCGGAACAUUGAAAAGAAAUCUUUUCAAAAACUUUACUUGAAAACUUACUUUACACAAU